AUGAGCUAUCCCGAUAAAACUGAAUUAGAUCGAGAUAUCCUGAACCAGGAGAAAUCAUUGCUUUCGAUAAGUUGGAAAAUAUUUUCCAAUGUUCAUAUUGCAGAAAAGUGGUAUAAAAACCUCUUUCCAGCGUGGAAAGCUCUUAAAUCGAUCAAACGAGGAGAACUCGAACCUUAUUACGAUGGAAUACAAAGUUGUAAAGAUACGCAAAAUUUUGGAAAGGAAUUCGAAUGUGAUCUCAAUGUUAUUAAAUUUCAAAGUACUGACACUUCAAGAAUGGCAUUUGCUGAAGGAUUAUUCAAUGGUAAGGGUCCUUUGGAUACGUGUAAAAGCCAACCUGUAUUCAUUUCAUCAUUAUCGGUCCAUCUUGAUUAUGUGAAGCAACAUUACUGA